AUGGCCGGCAAGAAGUCAAAGCCCAAGUCUGCGGUCCAGAGUGCUACCCGCUCAGCGCCUGCAGAGCCCCCCGCCCAGCUGUUGGACCUCAUUGAGAACUUCCUUUCUGAGCAUGACUUCGCAGAUGCCCAUGCUGCUUUCAAGAAGCAGCGCGAGAACAAGGGCUGGAAGAAGGCGGGCGACUCCACUGGUCAGUCUUCGCUGGUCACAAUCUUUAAGACUUGGGAGGAAUCCCUGAAGACGGAGGGCCUGAGCCCCAAGCCCGUCGCUAAAAAGGUCACCAAUGACAGCAACAGCGAUGAGAGUAGCAGCAGUAGCAGCAGCGACUCUCAGUCCUCCGACAGCGAUAGCGACGAGGGUAGUGACGUUGAGAUGAAAGAUGCCCCUGAGAAGGAAUCUUCGAGCUCUGAAUCUAGCAGCAGCAGCAGCAGUGAGAGCAGCAGUGACGAGAGCAGCAGUGACGAGAGCAGCAGUGACGAAAGCAGCAGCGACGAAAGCAGCAGCGACGAAAGCAGCAGCGACGAAAGCAGCAGUGAGGACAGCAGCAGUGAGGAUAGCGACGAUGAGAGCAAUGAUAGCAGCGACAGUGAGAGCGACAGCGACAGCGAGGAUGAGAAGAAGCCUGCUGCGGCCCCCAAGCAGCCUGCCAUUAAUCCUCUGAAGCGCAAGGCUGAAAGCAGCGACUCGUCCGAUUCCGAUUCCGAUCUGUCGGAUUCCAGCUCGGAGGACGAAGCCCCGGCUGCCAAGAAGCAGAAGGUUGCGGAGACCAAGUCUGAGUCGUCUUCCGAAUCAUCUUCCUCUAAAUCAUCUUCGGAAUCCUCCUCUGAAUCGUCCUCCGACUCAUCCUCUGAUUCUUCUGACUCGGAUUCUGAUUCCAGCUCUGAGUCGGACGAUGACAAGAAGCCUGCUGCGAAGAAGGAAGUCAAGAAGGAAGAGACUUCGUCUUCCGAAUCUUCUUCCGAGUCGUCCUCGGAUUCCGACUCUUCGUCUGACUCGUCCUCUAGCGACUCCUCCGAUUCGUCUGACUCCUCCGACUCCGACUCCGAUUCCGAUGAUGUGACCAAGGAGGCCGCUAAUGUCCCGCUUCCUGAGUCCGGCUCUGACUCCUCGAGCGACUCCUCUUCCUCCUCCGACUCGGACUCUGAUGACGACAAGAAGAAGACUGAUGCCAAGAACACCUCUGCUCAGUCUACCGCAUCUGACAGCUCAGCCACGCUCGAUGAUAAGAACAAGCCGAACAAGGUCUACCCUGUCGAUAAGUUUGCUCCUCUCCCUCCGGACCCUAGCACCAUGAAGACCAACAACCGCGGCAAGGGUAAGAAUAACAACAACGGCAAGGUUAAUGAGCCCUUCUCUCGCGUCCGCAAGGACAUCAAGGUUGACCCUAAGUUUGCUUCCAACGCGUUCACCGGCCACGAAUGGGGCCGCAAGGCCUAUGAGGACCUGAGCGUCACCCGCGGCAAGGGGUUCACCAAGGAGAAGAACAAGAAGAAGAGGGGCAGUUACCGCGGCGGUCGCAUUGACACCAACGCCGUGGGCUCCAUCAAGUUCGAUGAUUAA